UUUAGGACUUCAUAAUAAUUACUAAAUAAAUCAAAGAUUCUUGUUUUUUCGAUAGCUGUUCUUUGAAGUUUGCAGUCAUUCACUCUCUGGUCCGCGUUUCAGCAGCCAGUUCUGGUACAGCGCAGUCAUCAUAGUUCUUUCUGUUUCUAGUUGAUCUUUUCUCUCGAUCUUUUCUUCCGUUUCAGGUUCUCUACUUCUCCUUAGUGUUCAACAUACGAUACUGUGAUUUUCUAGCAUUUCUCGUGCGAACUCUCCAGUUUUCAGUACUUUUACUUGAUUUCUGGACCCUUUCAAGGUCAGAUUCAUUCUCAAUUUUGAGUGUUAGGAUUUUGAGUUCUUAUAGUAGCAAUAAAGGGUAGCCUUUGUUUUUGGAUUUACUGGUUGUAAUCAGGUUUAGGAGUCUGGUAAGAAUUUAGUAGAUCUAAUACAAGUGCAUUUUUAAUGGAUUUGCAUUUGAAGAGCUUGUUUGGUAGAUUCCAGGAGCAAUUUGGGUCUGGUCCUGGGCUUGGUCCUGGGUCUGGGACCUGCUUAAUGAAGGUGGAGGGUAUUGCUCCUAAUUUCAUUAAGUCGAUAUAUAAAGCUUGCGCCGCUCUUUACAGAACUGAUCCAUGGAGGAGAUUGCGUCCAGCACAUUUUUUUGGAAUCCGGGUAGGAAAGGACUCGGAUUGGUCGAGUAAGAAACAACCUUUCCCAUGUGUUCAGUUCAUAGGAGGUGACGGUGGGGAUGUUAGCUUUUACCUGUUUCGAUCUGAAAAUGAUGCUAGGAAGAUGACAGGGUCCAGAGAGACAAUUUGUGUUCCUAAUGUUGAGCUUCUGAGGGUUACAUAUGAACCUGAAUCAUUGAUGUUUCCUUCUAAUAGGAAAAUGAUCAAGACAUUGUCAUUGGAGGUAUCAGGCACCGACAGAUUUCCUGUAAUUGAUGUUGCGCGUUGUAUGUCUUCAGGUGUUCUUCGGUUUAGGCAUCCAACUCUUGAGGAGCUUAGGUUUGUGUAUGCGUUUGUGAAAGCCAUGUCUCUGGUGCAUCCAUUACUUCAGGAAGACAAAGAAGGUGCUCCGAAGUGGUCAAAGUUGAUGUAUUUUGAACCCUUUAUUGAGACUGUUGAUGUUCAAUGGCCUCCAGAAAUAGGCAAGUUUCAUGAUCUUGUUGCAGUUACAAUCUCGCACCCGCCUGGCCAAUCAUAUGGGGAAAAGGGAAGGUCAGCACCCACCAAGUAUGCAGAACGACCCAGGGAGGAGACCUUUGUUGAUGUGAGAAUUAACACAAAUUCCAACUUGAGGAAGUGCAUAAUGUGCGAGAAAGAAGUUCAUGUAGAACAGGCUUUCUCUUGUGGGCAGUGUCUAGCAGUGGUCUAUUGUGAUUCUCACUGCCAGAAGCAGCACUGGAAGGAAACGCAUAAGAGCAUGUGUGGCCUUUACAAGGCUAUGAUGGAAAGGGAAGAGGAGCUGGUAAUAAAAAUCUUUGUGUUCCCUUGUUCUGCUGAACAACCUUGUAAAUGGCUCGAGUCAUUAGGUGUCCAUCAGAAGGGAAUGUGGAGGAGAAAGUGUAAUUGCUAUUCUCACUGCCCUUUUGGACUCCUUCCAGUUAAAGGCGGAUUGUGGGAUUCAUGGGGUGGCCUGGACGACAAUGAGUAUCCCCGUGAUUCACCUUUUCACAACCAUUUGAGAGAUGGAAUAUCGAGCCCAAUCCUACUCUCUGGUUGGUCAGAGUACUAUAGUCUUCGGUCACUGCCACUGUCAAGCCCUGUUGCUGACAUUCUUUCUCAUCCGCUGACAGUUUAUUACAUUUUAACUGCCCUCAACAUCAGUUCAAAAAAUCUGUUACUCAAGGGGAAAGAGGUCAUUCUUCAUUACCUUGGGCCUGAAGGGGAGUUGGAUUGGUUGCCAGCAUUUGCAGAAAUUAGCCAUUUGCUCAAUGGAUCAGGUAACAUACACAUUGUAAUGGUGGGUCCUGAAGUUCCAACGAAUUUAUCUGGAACAACUUCAGGAAUAAGUAGCAGGGUGAGGGUGAAUCUGGUGAGGGGCAUUUAUCAAGAGGAAGCCACCUACCUGCCGUCUCCCCAUGUUAUUGUUGCAUUGAACUGUGGACUAGAUAGCCAUAUGAGUUGGGGUGGAGCACUUGAAUUGAUAAAAUCUUCAAGUGUCCCAGCCUUCUUUACAGAACAGUCAGAAAUUUCUUGUGGAAAUGCAAAGCAGGUCUUUCGAGGUGCUGGAUUACACAUUACCCAUCCUGUGACACCAAAUCCUUUUCGCUCUCCUGUGAAGAUGCAAGGGACUUCUAGUAAUCUUCCUUCAUAUAGUAACGGAUUUAUUCUUGGAGUCAAUACAUGACUGGAAUCAUACUAUAUGAAUUGGUUGGAGCGCUUGAAUUGAUCAAAUCUUCAAGUUUUCCAGCUUCUUUAAAAGCAGUCAGAAAUUCCAGGUACAAAUGCAAAGCAGGUCCUCCAUGGGCUAGAUUGCUCAAUUUUCUUCCUGUGGCACUUCUAGCAUUCUGCAUAUAGCAAUGGGAUUGCACUUGGGGGCAAUUCAUGAGUUGGAUCCUGGGAUUGCUUUUUUAUCUUGCAUAUCUGUCAUUUACCUAAUGGUGAUCUUGUGUGCUAAAGAUGAUGGUUGCAAAUUAAUUGAGUCUGAUGUUGUAUGUUAGCAUACAUGAGCUUUGUUAAGCAUGAGGAUGACCUCCUUCAGGAAUGAGCUUCAUUUUUUUUUCCCUUUGAUCUUAAGGUGUCCUGGUUUCUUGUUAGGGGCAGUUAAUAACUCCUGCAGAUGUAGCCAUGUUUAGCCCUAUUUAAAAAUUCCUGCAUUUUAUAUAUGAUGACCUUUAUUCAUAUAAUUAGUUGAACCUACUGAUGAAUAAUCUAUAACUAACCAUGCUCAUAUGCUUGUGGUCUACUUUGUCUUCUUUGUUGGGACAAUCUGAAAGGGUCAAAAUAAGAGAUUUUGUUUGUAUAUUUAGAAGCUGGAAACUGCUGGUGAUAAAGGUCAAUGGAUUCUAGCAUAGAGAGAGUUGAUAAAAGAAGAGAAGUCAAGUGAUAUGAGUAGGUGAAGGUUCAAAACUUGUUAGAAUAGAUCUAUGUAGCCUUAAUUCAUCCUUUCAAAGAUCAACCGUGGGGCUUUGAAAACCAUCCAAUGUGUGUGUGGUAGCACCAGCUUUUCAUUUGUUCGUGAUGCCUAGUAAAGUUCAUGUUUUAUAAGUAUUGCAGUCGUGGAAGCUGAGUAAAAUUGUUAUUUGCUCUACUUGCUGCCUAUUUGGCCUUGAAGUUGAAUGUUGUGCUUUAAAAAUGGCAUCAUUUUAGAUGCUAUUUUUAAAAGCUGAUGAAAAAAAAACUACUUUGUGAUUUUUGUUUUCUUAUGGUUAAUAUGUGUCAAUUAAUUUUAAUAUUUUCAACUAAUAUAUUUAAGAAAACGUUUUUUUCUCAAAAGUAUUUUAAUUAAAAUCCCAGUUCUAGGUUGAUCCUUAAUUACUCUUUGUUUGGAUUGUGUUGGAGAGAAAAGAAAAGAUUUUUCUUUAUUAAUUAGAAAUUUAAUUACUUUAAAUGUUUGAACAUCAAUUAAAGGAUUUAAAAAAAAAAAAAAAA